GGUGGGCCUGUACCCAUUCUGCAAACUCAAGGUAAGCAGACUGAAAUACCAACUGCAGAGGCCUGAACAAAACCACCAGCCAAAAGGUACCCAGGCUCGACAGGAGCUAAGCAGCCAGGAGACCUAGUCUCCAAAUCCACACCCACAUAAGGAAAAUAGAAUGUCCCUAGAACAUGGACUCCCAGGAAGGAAAGUAGCUUAUUGGGUAGAGCAGCGUGGCAGGUGGUUUUCAUUUUAAUGAGGAUGAAGCUGAACAUAAGAAUGAGGAAAGAUGGGUCAUGCAUUUUGUCAGAGGAGGAAAAUGCACCUUCUUGUGUGUUCUGUGGCAGCUGCACACCAUGUCCACAACCAGCAAUGUGCCCGGUGCUCAUGCCCCAGCAAGUGUCCAUGUCGCCCAGCCCCGGUAUCCGGUGACUUCAGAAAGCCACAAGCAACCUUCGGGGACAACCCCUUACCCACCCUCCUCGACAGUGGUCCAGUGUGAUACAGGAAGAACAAACUUAGCGCAGCCAUUCCUAGUGUACCAGAACCCAGCGGGGGUGACCGGUGCACAGAGCCAGCUCACCGUGCUCCAGCCUCCAGCAGGAGGGCCCGGAGUGACCCAGUACCCCCUGGGAACAGCCCAUGUCCAGACCCUGCCUGGAGACCCUGAGAAUCCUGCGAUCACCAUCCCCGGGCUGACACCCACCUCAGGCCAGUCCCCAUCGAACAUGGCAUGGAACAUGUCAUUUGCAUCAUUUCCUGCAUUUGAUCCCAAGAAAUUCAUCAAUGAUGAGGUCAGAACAUUAGGGGCCAUCCAGAUCAUCAUUGGCCUGAUGCACGUUUUCUCUGGGAUCAACCCUCUGCUGUAUUCCAAGCCUUCUGUGACUGGACGAUCAGGGUAUCUGUUCUGGGGAGGAUUAUCCUACAUUGCCUCUGGAUCCCUGUCUGUAUUGGCUGAGAAGGACACCAGCCCAUGUGUGGUGAAUGGCAGCAUCGCCAUGAACGUGGUCAGUGCAGUCUUCUCCCUGACGGGCAUCUCCAUUUUCAUUGCAGAUAUGUCCAUUCAAAGGGAGGUUAACAUGAAGGUCUACGUGGGUAGUCUCCUGCCCUUUGUCCUCUUGGAGUUCUUCCUCACAUGUGUGGUCUCGCAUUUUGGAUGCCAGGCUGUCUGCUGGAGACGCUUUGAGAACAUGACAAUAGGUUCAAGCAUAUUCAGCUUCAACACAGCCAACAUGACCGCCAGCCACGUCUACACUACUGACAUCCCUGUCAGUGCUGCCACCAGCCCUGCCAACCCUACCACCAGUCCUGCCAAACCUAGCUACCCUGACAACGUUCCUCCUGAACCGACGUACCAAGAUGUACCUGAUUAUGGCCGGAGAUAGACGUCGAAGGUGCCUAUUCCAAGUCUCAGGAGGAGGCAUUGCAGAAGAAAGACUCCUUACUUCCUGAACCUCCCAUGACCUUGACCCUAGCAUCAUUGCUAGGCCAAUAUCAACCACCAUCUUCUCCCCUCUUC